CCGUCUUGAAGACAACCAUAUAACACAGAUCCCAUCCCGAGCUUUCGCCGAUUUGAGCAGCCUGAAGAGAAUAGACUUGGGCAACAACCAGAUAUCUUACAUCGCCCCGGACGCCUUCUCGGGUCUUAAUUCUCUCAGCUCACUAGUUCUAUAUGGAAACAAGAUCAUGGACCUCCCACCUGGAGUCUUCAGUGGUCUCAAGUCCUUGCAGCUACUACUACUUAAUGCCAACAAAUUAAGCUGUGUACGGCAAGAUGCUUUCAAGGAUCUGUCGAGCCUGAAUCUGUUAUCACUGUACGACAAUGAAAUACAAGCUCUUGCAAACGGUACUUUUUCUCCACUGCUGAAAAUCCAAACCAUUCACCUUGCCCGGAACCCGUUAAUCUGCGACUGCAAUCUGAAGUGGCUGCCUCAGUACCUGGAGAAGUACCCAGUGGAAACCAGCGGUGUUCGCUGUCUGACCCCAAGGAGAGUGAAGAGGAAGAAAGUCAGCCAACUUAAGCCUGACAAGUUCAAAUGUAAAGGAUCAGAGCAUCAUCGUACCAAGAAUGCAGGAACGUGCAUGAUUGACUAUGAAUGUCCCACGGAGUGUGUUUGUGUUGGUACCACCAUCGACUGCUCUAAGAGGGGACUCGUGGAUAUCCCUCAGGACCUGCCUAUGUACACUACUGAACUUAAACUCAGCAGUAACAAGAUCACACGGAUAAAAGCUGAUGGUUUAUUUAAAAGACUGUCAAAUCUUCAGCUGCUAGAUCUGAGUGACAACGAAGUCAAUGAAAUUGAAGAUGGUGCAUUUGAGAAGGCUGACAAGUUAACAGAUCUACAGCUGUCUAAUAAUGAACUGUCUCAUUUAUCAGCUAAAGCAUUCCAGGGACUAACGAAUGUGAAAACUUUGAUGCUGCGUGGGAACAAGAUUUCCUGUAUUAACAAUGCCACGUUUGCAGAAACUCACAGACUACGACUGUUAUCCCUUUAUGACAACCAGAUUAACUGUAUAAUGAAAGGAUCGUUUGAAAGGUUGCAUUAUCUGUCUACACUUAACCUGAUGGCCAACCCAUUUACUUGUAACUGCCAUCUUGGAUGGUUGGCAGAGUGGCUGAAAAGAAGAAACAUCAUCACAGGAACACCAGUAUGCAGUGCUCCUCAUGAAGUGAAAAAUACGCCAAUUCAAGACCUCAAACUCAAGGACUUUAUUUGUGAAGAAAGUAAUGAAAUAGGCUGUCUUGCUGGGAUUCAACCCUGUUGUCCAGACAACAAUAUGGUGGUGGUAGAGAACAGCUGUGACCCUAGAGCUUACUGUCCUCCCAAAUGUACUUGUACGGGGACCGUAGUGAGAUGUAGUCACCAGCAGCUGACAGAAAUCCCUAAAUACAUCCCCAUAGACACAACAGAACUAUAUGUUGAUGUGAAUGAAAUAGCUAAAGUACCUUUUGAUAUUGGUCUCUUGACAAACAUGAAAAGACUAGAUCUGAGCCACAAUAACAUUACAACUCUUCCACCACAGAUAUUUUCCAAUCUGACACAGUUAUCAACUCU